GGGCGGGGCCGCCGCUCCUGCUGGCUCGGACCCCGGCAGGGCGGCCUGUAGACGGCGCGGCGGAGCGCAGACGCCGGCCCGCGGCCGAGGAGAAAGGUGGCGGCGGCGGCGCGGACGGGACGAGGCGGCGACUCGCCGCCGUGACCCUCUGCUCACCUGCCCGCGCCCUGGAGCGAGUCGCAGGCGGCGGCGAAGGAAGGAGCGAGCAUGGCUGAGACCUCGCCGCCACCCGCCUCCGGCGCGGAAAGUUGCAGCGAGGAGCCGGCGAGGGGCGGGGAGCAGCUGCCGGAGGAGCCGCGCCGCGCUCCAGCCGGGGGAGCGGACCGAGAGGGCGAGGCGGGGCCGCCGCCGGCCUCCCCCGCGGGGCAGUCGGAGCCCGGCUCGCCGGUGGCCGCCCCCUUCUUCCUGCUCUACCCGGGCGAUGGAGGCGCCGGCUUCGCAGCGCGCCCGCCGCCGCAGCAGCAGCAGCGCGCCUGGAGGACCCCGCCGUCGCCGGGCUCCCCGCUGCCCUUCCUGCUGCUGAGCUACCCGAGCGGCGGCGGCGGCGGCAAGCACCAUCCUAAUUAUCUCAUGGCUAACGAACGCAUGAACCUGAUGAACAUGGCCAAGCUGAGUAUCAAGGGCUUGAUUGAAUCCGCUCUGAACCUGGGGAGAACUCUGGACUCCGACUACGCUCCCCUCCAGCAGUUCUUCGUGGUGAUGGAGCACUGCCUGAAACACGGCCUGAAGGCUAAGAAAACCUUUCUUGGACAAAAUAAAUCCUUCUGGGGGCCUCUAGAAUUGGUAGAAAAGCUUGUUCCAGAAGCUGCAGAGAUAACAGCAAGUGUUAAAGAUCUUCCAGGACUUAAGACACCAGUAGGCAGAGGAAGAGCCUGGCUUCGUUUGGCAUUAAUGCAAAAGAAGCUCUCAGAAUAUAUGAAAGCUUUGAUCAAUAAGAAGGAACUUCUCAGUGAAUUCUACGAACCCAAUGCCCUAAUGAUGGAAGAAGAAGGAGCCAUAAUUGCUGGUCUCUUGGUGGGUCUGAAUGUCAUUGAUGCCAAUUUCUGCAUGAAAGGAGAAGACUUGGACUCUCAGGUUGGAGUUAUAGAUUUUUCAAUGUAUCUCAAGGAUGGGAACAGCAGUAAAGGUAGUGAAGGAGAUGGCCAGAUUACUGCAAUUCUGGAUCAGAAGAACUAUGUAGAAGAACUCAACAGACACCUAAAUGCUACGGUAAACAAUCUUCAGGCAAAAGUGGAUGCGCUAGAAAAAUCCAACACUAAACUGACAGAGGAGCUUGCAGUUGCAAACAACAGGAUUAUUACCUUACAAGAAGAAAUGGAACGAGUUAAAGAGGAAAGCUCCUACAUACUGGAAUCCAAUCGGAAGGGUCCUAAGCAGGACAGAACUGCAGAAGGGCAAGCACUGAGUGAAGCCAGAAAGCAUUUAAAGGAAGAGACACAAUUGCGACUGGAUGUGGAGAAAGAACUGGAGAUCCAGAUCAGCAUGAGACAGGAGAUGGAGUUGGCUAUGAAGAUGCUGGAGAAGGAUGUCUGCGAGAAACAGGACGCCCUGGUGUCUCUGCGGCAGCAGCUGGAUGACCUCAGGGCUCUCAAGCAUGAACUUGCCUUCAAGCUGCAGAGUUCAGACUUAGGAGUAAAACAGAAAAGUGAACUAAACAGUCGUUUGGAAGAGAAGACUAAUCAGAUGGCCGCUACCAUCAAACAACUCGAACAAAGAUUGUGUCGGGCUGAGCGGGGCCGCCGGUCGGCCGAGGCAGACAACCGGCUCUUCAAGCAGGACUUCGGAGACAAGAUAAACAGUCUGCAGCUGCAAGUGGACCAGCUCACCAGGCAGCGGCACCAGCUUGAGUUAGAACUAAAACUGGAAAGAGAAAGAAGGUUACAGAACAACAGGAGCAUCCCAGGAAAGGGUCCUCAGAAGCCACAACCCAAAAUGGAUGGGAAGCACAAAAUUCAAGAGGAAAAUGUUAAACCGAAAGAGGCCCUGGACGAAAGCCACAGGCUGCCGUCUCACCCUGUGGAUGAGCAGAAUCAGCUGCUGCUCUCUGAGAAGCCACAGAUGUGUCAGCUAUGCCGGGAAGACGGCAGCCGAACCAAGAAUGUGUGUAAGAACUGCACAGGGACCUUCUGUAAUGCCUGCUCAACAAACGAACUGCCUCUUCCUUCAAGUAUCAAGCCUGAGCGAGUUUGCAAUCCCUGCCACGAGCAUCUGAUGAGACAGUAUUCCACCAGCCCAUCGUAAGACUGGAAGCCGAGACCUGGACCAGUGUCUCCACCCAUGGUAGAUGUCAGGAUCUCCUAGAGCCCAGAACUUAGAGUCAGCUCCAGCAUUGAUAGGAAUGGUUUAAAUAAACCGGGUCCAGGGAGAAAAGGCAGUGGUUGGGGGUGCUGGAAGGUUUGCUCAGUUGCCCUAAUGACUGUAGGAAUAAAAAUUACUCAGCUGAACCUCUCUCUUCUAAAUCUUAAACAACCCCACCUUUGAAGGCUUUAUUUUUUAGCAUGUCUUUGGAAGAACUAUUUUUAUAAAUAGUGACAGUACUGGCAUGAACAUAAUAGGAGAGAGGGUCCACACAGAUAAGAAAAAAAAAUAGGAAAAUGAUCGCCUCCUUCUUUUACAUUUGCAGAUUCAAGGGGGAAAGAUAAAUGUUAACUGAGAUCAAAAUUUAGAUGUUUUAUAUUAUCCCCAGGUGCUGCUAGACAUAAACGGUUUCCUCUUCACCCCGCCCAACUACCUCUUUAAAGUAUCUCUACCAAACUGUGAACCCAAACUCAGGGAAAAGAAAUUACAGAGUAAUAUAAAUUUUGAAUGUACUUAAAACAAUGUAAUUUAUUACAGUUUCAGGACCAGAAAGGUCCUGGCCUUACAAGUGUUUUCAGUAUCAGAAUAAGAGGAACAUUUGCCAUUUCUCCACUUAAUGACUUCAGAAAUAAGUAUCUGCCCUUUUCAGAAUGUCCUCCUGCAAAAUAGAAGCCAGCUCCCUUCCUAAGCCUUCCCUGCUCUCCCAAGUCAUAAUGACGACUGUGUUUUAAAGAUAAGGUUUGAGUUUUGCAAAUAGGAGGUAUUGAAAGCAAAGGUUUGUCAGGUGUAAAGUAAAACAAUUUUAAUUUGUCCAUGGCUGAGAUCAGUUAGCUCAGAAUAUUUAUUUUCUUUAAUAAGGGGUACCUUUCUCUGAGCCAAGAAUUAGAACUGGUUGGUAGACAGAUUUUUUGGAAAGUGUGAUACUUAAAAUAUCUCUUCAUAUCAAACCCUUUGGGGAAAAUUGGGGGAAGUGCCUUCUACAAGGAAAGAAAAACUUUGGUAUGUGCUAUUUUGAUUAUGUUACAUGUGUCUAGGUUAUUAAUUACAAUUAAGACCUAAGAAGAUACGGAUUCUGUAACCGGUUUAGAAUUCUGGGGUGGAAACAUCCUGGAACCAUCAUACUUGAUAAAUUCUCCUCAAAAGGGUUAUAGCCUGGGAAAGAGUUGUUAUUCCAAAAGUCUGGCCUGUUACAUGGUGAAGCUGAGCUUUUAAAAGUACUAGGGAAAAAUAAAAUCUAAUAAUUCUA